AUGGGGUUUGAUAGGAGAUGGAUUGAUUUGAUUAUGCUGUGUGUAACAACAGUGACGUAUAAGGUGCGCCAUGGGGACAGCAAGAAUACUGCAUGGGAAGAGCGAGAAGUGGUGGCGGAUUGUUUAGGGGUGGAUCAAGCUCCCAAUUUUGGUAAGUACCUGGGUCUACCAUCUUUUAUUGGGAGAAAUAAAAGAGCAGUUUUUUCCUAUGUGGAUGAUAAAAUCAGGCAGAGGAUUGGUUCAUGGAAUAAAAAGUUAUUGUCCCAGGCUGGGAAGGAAGGGAAAGGAAUGGAUAAAGGAAUCCAUUGGAAGGCCUGGGAUAAGUUAUGUGUCCCUAAAAAGUAUGGGGGUUUGAGUUUUAAGGAUCUUCCUGCUUUCAACCUGACUAUGUUGGGGAAGCAGGCAUUGGGAUUUCUCACUAAUCCAACCACUCUUGCUGCCAGGAAUUAUAAAGCACGGUAUUACCGGACGACCUCUUUUGUUGAUGCCAAGAUUGGGAAUUGCCCAAGUUAUUGUUGGCGGAGUAUAAUGGCGGCACAUGGUAUGGUUUGCUCUGGGGUUCGGAGAAGAGUAGGAAAUGGGGAGAAUACGUUGAUCGGGGGACAUCCCUGGUUACCAGAUGAUCCUAGUCCCUUAAUACAAACGAUAAUGCCUGUGGAACUGCGGGAAGCUAGAGUGGUGGGUUUAAUUGACCAACAGACGAAGACCUGGGAUCCCUAUAUUUUAAAUGAUUUAUUUGACCCAGAUGAUGUGGCUCGUAUUUCCAGGAUCCCUGUAAGUCCGGAUUAUGAGGACACUUGGUAUUGGUACAGGGACCAGAGGGGAAUGUAUUCUGUUAAGAGUGCAUAUAGGUAG